AUGCCAUCCCGGGCAGAAAACAUCAUGCUUGGCUGGAGGGCAGCUCAGCUGUCAGAUGUCUGUAAUGGCAACUUUCCCCUGGGACACGUUUCUGAAGGGAUCAGCUGCAAGACCUCAGAGAAGCUCCCUCACCAAGUCACCGACGCGAACAGGAACAAGGAGAAGGUGCCAAAGAAAGUCUCAGCUACUCAAAAAGUAGGAGAAGAGCCCAAAGAUUCUCCCUUCAAGACGGUUUUCAUGUUUUGGGCCAACAAAGUUAAUAACAGCAGCAAAACAACUACCUCCCAAAAGCUACUGCAGAAGUCGUCCGUGACUGCGGGAAGCUGCUCUCCAGCCCUCCUUCCCGAGGAAGGGCUUAGCAGCUUGGAAGAAGAGAAGCAGGCUAAAAUUCCCCAGAGGAAGACCAGGAGAGAUCUCUUCUCUGACUUGCAGGUUUUCAGCCACAUAGACACCCACGUCCUACAAGUGAGCCAGCAGUUGAAGUCCGGGCACGCCGGGUUGUCCAUCCAGGCCAUCGUUCCUCUGAUCACUGCCAAAUCCCAGAGCAAACUGGAGAUGAUGAGGGCAAUAUGGUUCUGGCUCUGCCACAACAUCGAAUAUGAUGUGGAUGGCUUCUUAGGGCUGUCUCAGAAGAUCCACAUGCCAGAGCAGGUCCUGCAAACGGGAAGAGCUGUGUGUUCUGGUUAUGCCCAUUUAUGCCAGGAAAUGUGCAGGGAGGCAGGUUUGACCUGCGUGGAGGUCUCGGGGUUUGGCCGGAGCCCGGGCUCCCACAGAGGCCGACGGUGUCGGCAGCAGAAGAGCAGCCACACGUGGAAUGCAGUGGAGCUGGAAGGACAGUGGUGCCUCCUGGAUGCUUGCUGGGGCGCGGGGACCGUGGAUACAGAGAGCAGGUUGUUCGUGCCCAGGUAUGAUGAUUUUUUCUUCCUUACUGACCCUGAGCACUUCAUUGAGACCCACUGGCCAGAGGACCCCCAAUGGCAGCUUCUGCAGCCCCCUGUCUUGCGGGAAGACUUUGAGCAGAGAGUAUUUAAAACUUCAGAGUUUUUCAGACUUCAGCUCUCCCUCCUUUCUCCAAACACUUCCCUCCUCAAAACAGCCCAUGGGGAGGUGUCAGUGAUGCUGGGGAGCACCCGCCCAACAGAGUUCACCUACCAGCUCUCCAGACUCCAGGGCACCACAAAUGGAGAGGACGUAGGCGCAGUUCACGCGAUGAUGAUGGUGUCUGAGAACAACAUGACCAUCAAGGUGACUCCCCCAACCAAGGGCUUGUUUGACCUCAUGAUCUUCGCCCGCCACGCUGACUCUCAGGACCCUUACAACUGGGUGUGCUCCUAUCAGAUCCAAUGCCUGGAGCCACACAACGGAGAGAAAAUGCCUGAAAACCCUUUUCAUUUCUGGGGCCUUCACCAAAAAGUGAAAGAUUUUGGCAUCAAGGAGAGCAGCCACAAAGGGGAGUUGCUUGUGGCUCCGAAGGGAACUUUGAUCUUGACUCUCCAGAUAUCCCGACCCUUGCUUGCCAUGUACGAGCUGGUUAAUAAAGAUUUAGACACUGCUCUGAGCAAGAAAUGUCUGGCUGCUCAAGCAGAGGAGGAGAAGCUCAGUUGCCACGUGCUCUGCCCUUUCCAGGGUUACUACCGGCUCUCCGUGUUCGUGAAAGAUUUAGGAGGCAUCACGUUCAGGAACGUGGCCAAUUUCCUCGUUCAUUGUUUGAGGCCUGUCAACCAGAACGAACUCUUCCCCUCGGGACUGAGCUUGCACUGCGGGAGUGGGAUCAGCGCCAGCAGCCACGGCCUCUCCAACCCCAGCCACUCUGCCCCCAUCAUCACCACCCGGGUGGGGAAGUGCAACAUCACCUUCCACGCGCCCGCCAACGUCGAGCUGACUGCCAGCUUGAGUAAGGACAAAGUCAUCAACGCCAAGUACCCCUUGGAGAGGUACGUCCUGGUCACCCACCUGAGGACUAAAGUCAGCGUGUGUGUUGUGCUCCCCGAGCCAGGUGUCUACAAAGUGGGGCUUUUUGGGAGAAGCAAGGACCACAAGGACUUUGUCCAUAUUUGUGACUACGUGAUACGCUGCUUCUCCGAUCCCCGCUGGCCUCCCUUCCCCAGGGUGUACAGCCCGUGGAGGAGAGGCUGCGUACUGCUAGAGCCACGCACGGGGAUGCUCCAAGAGCAGAGCUGGGUCCGGUUCAGGGUCAAGGUGCCAAAAGCCUACCAAGCCGUCGUCCUCGGGCAGGAGAAGACGACGCUGCAGCAGAACCCGGACGCGAUCUGGGAAGGGGAUGUGCUCACCGGGGCCGUGGGGACGCAGGUCAAGCUGGCGGCCAAGUUCAGCCGGCACUGCUCCUCCCUGGAGGUCAUCCUGGCGUUUGAGGUGGAAAGGGGCUCACCCGCCUCCCUGGGGUGCUCGGGGUAAGCCACGGAACUGCUGGAAAUGGUUAAAAAAAAAAAAGCCAGGGAAGGAAGCAAAUGCUCUCAAAAUUGGGUGAUGUUGAGGAGACACCGAGAAAACUCCCAGAACUUUGUGGCAC